AACCCGAGUGUGGACAUUUUUUAAUGCGCGACUGCACGGACGACAUGAUCAAGAUCAACAUGACGACUCAAUGGGAGUGUGAAAAGGCCGGGCAAAACUGGACGAACCAUGCUUUCGCCUUGUACAAGCAGAAGAUGGGAGACGGAGUCUUCAAGGAGAAAUUCGAGGAACUCUUUCAGGUUCCGUCCCUGGAGGGCUUCGCGGCCAAGUCCAAGGUGGAGAACCAGAUCACCAAGAUGAAGUUGCUCGCUUUCUUCGGCAGCCUGCGCAAGUCACAUGCGCACGGGGUCGGCGGAGUCGGAACAGCCCGGAUCGUGAGCGACCCCGGAUUUCCGGAUCACGAGUUCUUCAAACCCGGCCGCGCCUUUCCGGUCCGGAUCUACCACUCCAAUGCCAUCAUGGCGGACGACGCAAGCGCAGACCGGCGGGGAGCCUUCCUCAAGUUCUCGGACGAGGACAUUGAGAGCCCGCUGGACAUGGAGCUUGUGACGGGGUCCGUGGACACGUGCUGGGACAUCCCGACCCUGACCGGCUUCAUGAAGGCGCAGCGAACCAACCCCGCGCUCAAGGACUUCUGCUUCGAACACCCCAUCAUUUACUACGGCCUAGUGGACUCGCUGCGCCGCGCGCCCGACUCGUACACGGACCUGCGGUACUACGGACAUCACGUCUUCCACUUCCGCGCCAAGGACGCCAAGGAGCGCUUCGUCAAGUUCCGCCUGGUCCCGGCAGACGGACACCCCGAGUCAGGACUCCUGGACUUCGACGACCAGAGGAUCGUCUGGCGCCGUGAGCGGCUGCCUGACGAGUUCCGGCCGCAGACUUACCUCCGGACGGAGUUCGCAGAACGCCUGAAGAAGAAACCGAUCAACUACACCCUCCAGCUCCAGCUUCACGAGUGGGAGGAGAACGAUCCUUACGAGAUCUUUAACCCGGUCCGCGUCUGGGAUCCAGACACGCACCCCUGGAUCGACCUCGCGCAUGUGCAGAUCACCACUCUGCUGCCGCAGGACAUCACCGAGAGGAUGAUCUUCAACCUUGGGACUCAGCCGGAGUCUCUGGGCCUGGUGGAGCCGAAGUCCAUCUACGACCACAGCAGCGUGCCUUACCUGAAGGCCAAGGUCAACCCGUUCAUGAGCAAGCUGCAGCCGAUCAACCCGCCCAACCCGGAGCCGCCCGUACAGCUGGACAGGCACAAGUACACACUGGAGAUACACACCGGAAGGACCAAGGGGUCUGGCACUGACUCCACCAUCACGGUGAUUUUGGUCGGAGCCUGGGCGCGAACACACCCCAUCAAACUAGACCAGGCUUUCAUGAACAACUUCGAGGCCGGAAAUGUCGACAUUCUGGACAUCGAAGCGGUGGAUGUCGGGGAGAUCCAGGCCAUGACUCUGUCCACGGACUCUCGCGGCGUGAAGAGCGACUGGUACGUGGACAGCAUCUUCGUGGUGGAUCGGCAGCGGGGCCGGCGGCAGGAGUUCCCGGUGUACCGGUGGAUCACGGACCGCAGCGACCCGAUCACUCUCCGCUCCGGGAACGGUACGUCUGUCUGUCCGUCUGUCUGUCUGUGUGUGUGUGUGUGUGUUUUUUUUGUUUGUUUGUGUGUGGACCGGCAGCGGGGGAGGCGGCAGGAGUUCCCGGUGUACCGGUGGAUCACGGACCGCAGCGACCCCAUCACUCUCCGCUCCGGGAACGCGUCCCUGAUGUCCCACGACUCUCCCGUGCUGAAGGGACUGAGAGAGCUGGAGCUUGAGAAGCGCCGGGAGAGGUACCAGUGGGCUCACGACGAGAAGGGCUUCCCGGCACACCUGGCCGUCAAGACGCUGAACGACCUGCCCAGGGACAACAGGGUCACCCAGUCACUCAAGGGGCGGGAUCUUAGGAACGCGAACAAGAACGGCAUCCCGCUGCGUGUGAAGUUCAACUCUGCGUUCCGCCGCUGGGAGAAGUUUGACGACUGCGAGAACCUGUGUAAAGUGGCGCUGGGCGAGGAGAACGUGCGCGAGUUCGCCACAGACAUCUGGAGAACUGACUUCGAGUUCGGCAGGCAGAUCCUUAAUGAGUGCCACCCCAGCACCAUCACCCGCUGUAAGAUGAUCCCGCCCAACUUCCCCGUGCAGGACGAGACGCUCAGACCGCAGCUCGAGCGCGGCAUGAACCUCAAGCAGGAGGCAACAUCCGGGCGCCUGUACCUGAUGGACUGCAGUCUUCUGGACGGCCUGUCCCUGCGCAAACCUGACCACCAGGACGACGAGAACGAGUUCCACCCGACGGCCCCCAUGGCGCUGUUCUACGUGAACGGGAAGAAGGAGUUCGUGCCCAUCGCCAUCCAGCUGUACCCGCAGGUGGGCCGCCUGAUGCCGUCCGGUAGGCUAAUGUGGGAUGACAAGCCCGGCCCCGAAAACCCCAUAUGGACCCCCAUGGACUCGGACUUUGAUUGGAUCCUGGCCAAGAUGUACCUGCGCAGCGCGGAUGCGCAGAUCCACCAGCUGGUGUCCAACUGUCUCACACAGCUUGUGAUGGAGCCGUUUGCUGUGUCCACCUACCGUAACCUGUCGGCGGCCCAUCCGGUCUACAAGUUGCUGGUCCCGCACGUGCGGAAAGUCUUCGCGCACAGCCUGGUGCUGAAGGAACACGUCAUCGGGGAGGGGAGCAUCCUGGACGACAUCAGCCCGUACGACGCCGACGGCAGGAAGGACCUCAUCAGAAGAUACUACGCCAACUUCAAGUUCAAGAUGCUGAACUUUCCCGCCAUGCUGGCCGAGAAGGGGCUGGACGACAAGGAGGCCCUGCCGGGGUACUACUACCGUGACGACGGUUUGCUGCUGUGGGAGGCCAUCAGCAGGUACACGGGAGACAUCCUGAAGCUGUUCUAUGACGACACGGUUGCCCUGAGAGACGACCUUGAAGUCCAGAACUGGAUCCGUGACGUCAAGCAGCAAGGACUGCAGUGGGAGGAUGAGUCCGACAAGGGCCUGCCUGACGGCGUGCGGACUAUCCGGGAGCUGGCUGACAUCGUGACGAGCGUGAUCUUCACCUGCAGCGUGCACUACGCCGGCCACAACGCCGCGCAGCAGGACGUGUACAGUCUGGUUCCUAACGCGCCGAUGAACAUGCGCCGCGCGCCGCCCAAGCGGAAGCCUCGGAAGGGCGAGACGGAGAUGGAGGACAUCAUGGACGCUCUGCCGGACCGACAGGCCUCCUGCAAGCAGCUUAACAUGGCGAUAGCGCUGUCCAACCUGGGCAUAGACGAGGAGGAGGACGGCGGGUGUCUGGGCCACUUCAGCGACCGGUACUUCACGGAGGACCGCGCGCAGGGCAUCCUGGGAGAGUUCCAGCAGAACCUGCAGCAGAUCGCCGAGACCAUCCGGCGCCGGAACGAGGCUCUGGACGUGCCGUACACCCACCUGCUGCCGGAGAAAGUUCCCAAGGCUUUCAGAGUCUGAGGAAACUAGGACAUAAACUACA